AUGGCCACAUCCACCCUGUCCGUCUGCUCCAAUGACCUGAGCUAUGGCAGCCGUGCCUGCCUGCCCGGCUCCUGUGACUCUUGCCCGGACUCCUCCUGGCAGGUGGACGACUGUCCAGAGAGCUGCUGUGAGCCCACCUGCUGUGCCCCCAGCUGUUGCACCCCGACCUCCUGCCUUACCCUUGUUUGUACCCCAGUGAGCUGUAUGUCCAGCCCCUGCUGUCAGACGACCUGUGGGCCAAGCCCCUGCCAGUCAACCUGCACCAGCUCCUGCAUGUCCUUGUGCUGCCAGCCCUCCUGUUGCACCUCCUCCCCCUGCCAGCAGGCCUGCUGUGUGCCCGCCUGCUGCACACCUGUCUGCUGCAAGCCCCUGUGCUGUGUGCCUGUCUGCUCUGGGGCCUCCUCCUGCUGCCAGCCCACCCCCUGCACCUCAUCCUGCUGCAGACCCUCCUCCUGCGUGUCCCUCAUCUGCCGCCCCGUGUGCAGGCCUGCCUGCUGCGUGCCCGCCUCCUCCUGCUGUGGCCCUGCCUCCUCCUGCCAGCCCAGCUGCUGCCGCCCAUCCUCCUGUAUGUCCCUGCUCUGCCGCCCCGUGUGCUCCGGCCCGGCCUGCUGUGUCCCCACCUUGGCCCAGACGUCCUGCUGCUGA